CUGAUGUAAACAGGUUUGUUAACAAACCGCAGUAAAAUUUUUUGAAAAAAAAAAAAUGGAUAUUCGUGCAGUAGUUGCAAUAGAUUUUGGCACCACAUUUUCGGGAUUCGCAUAUGCUAAUCGAGCAGAUCCUGAAAUUAUUACAAAUGAUGUUUGGCCUCAACAAAUUGGUUCAUUGAAAACUAAUACAGUUCUUCAAUAUGAUUCUAAUUACCAAAAUGUUAUUAAAUGGGGAAAUCCUGCUUUGGCCCAAAGACAAUCUCGUAAAAGUAAAGAUUUAUUAACUUCAAAAUCUGUAGAACUUUUUAAACUUCAUUUAGGAAAUAUUCCUCAAAAUGAAAAACCUCCGCUUCCUCAUCAAUUAAAUUAUGAAAAAGCAAUAGGCGAUUAUUUACGCGAAUUAGGAAAGUUGAUUAAGGAAACUAUUUCUACUCGAUGGCAUGGAAUAAUAUUCUUUAAACAUGUUCUUCUUGUUAUAAGUAUUCCGGCAGAGUUCGAUGAUCGUGCAAAAGAUACUAUGAGACAAUGCCUUUAUGAUGCUGGAUUGACAGAUAGUAAAGAAUCAAAUAAAGUUGAAUUUACAUCUGAACCUGAAGCUGCUGCAAUUUAUUGCAUGCGAAACCUUAAAGGCCAGAAUGGAAUGAUCCCAAUUAAUGCGUCAUUUAUGGUUGUUGAUUGUGGAGGUGGAACUGUAGACCUUACAACACGUAGAUUAUUACGAGAUAACAAACUUAGUGAAAUUACUGAACGAACUGGAGAUUUUUGUGGUGGAUCUUAUGUCGACAGAGAAUUCCUUAAAUUCCUUGGUCGUAAACUUAGUGAAUCGACUAUAAAUCUGUUUAGAGAAAAUAAUUAUGGUCAAAUGCAAUACAUGAUACAGCAAUUCUGCCAAAAAGUGAAAUUUCAUUUUACCGGAAAUAGAAAUGAUUUUAAUGCUUUUGAAUUUGAUAUUGAAGAAAUUUGUCCCAUUUUAAAACAAUAUUGCAAAGAUGAAAUUAAAGAAAAAAUGGAAGAUAAUGAUUGGAUUAUUGACAUAAAUUUCGAAGAUUUAAAAUCUAUGUUUGAUCCAGUUGUUGGAAAGAUUAUUAGAUUAAUUCGUGGGCAACUUAAUUCUAGUAAAGAUAGAUGUUCUGCUAUAUUCCUUGUUGGAGGAUUUAGUGAGUCAAAAUAUUUACAAAUAAGAGUUAAAGAAGAAUUCGGAAAAUUGGUUCCAUCAAUUAUUGUGCCAAAACAACCUAUCGCAGCUAUUGUCCGUGGAGCUUGUGACUAUGGACUCACAACGAGUACAAUAGUGGAUCGUACUUUGAAAUAUACUUACGGGAUUCGAAUAGGUAGAAUUUGGAAAGAAGGGGAUCCGCCAAGUCAAAAAAUGCCAGAUCUUUAUGAUCACACUUUUACAUUUGAUAGAUUAGUUAUGCGUGGUACAAGAGUAGGAGUUAAUCAGGAAUUUUCCAAGACUUAUACACCUUCUAAGCCGGAUUACACUGGUCUUUCAUUCAAAAUAUAUAAAACAACUGAAUUAAGUGCUGAAUUUUGUAAUGAACCUGGAAUGAAAUUACAUGGUACAUUAAACAUAGACUUACCAGAUGUUCAUCUCGGAGAAGAUCGCGAAGUUGAAUUUUCGUUAAUUUUUGGAAAAAUGGAACUUGUUGCUAAAGCAAAAAAUUUACGAAAUGGAAGCAUAUAUAACACUUCUUUUGAUUUAGAUUUAUAAUUCAUUGUAAGGUAGGUUAUAUUUUAUGCAAUAUUUCAACAUUCGCUUUUCAAUUUCAAUAUUGUGAUUAUUAAAUAGGCCACAAAGAUAAACUACAAAUAGUAUUCAUUUUAAUAUAUAUUAAGUGAAACUUUUUUUUGCAAAAAAGCAAUAAUGACAAUUGCACUGGUGGACAUUUGGUGUAAUUAGUAAUUAGUUUUAUUUUUUAUUUCUUGUUUUUUUUUAUUAUAUUCUUUUAUUAUAAACAAUAAAAAAAUUGGCAAAAUUUUUGUAUUUGUAUUGUAUGUAAACUAUGUAACUGAUAAAAUAAAAUACGUAUUUUUUUAAUAAU